AUGAUGAGUCAGAUCAUGGUGAAGAUGGUCAUUCAGAGGGAGUGGAACAACUACUUCUUUGAGAUCUACCUGCCCUCGAUGCUCUUUGUCAUGAUCUCCUGGCUGUCCUUUUGGAUGCAGAUCACCGCCGCGCCGGCUCGAGUCUCUCUGGGCAUGACGACUCUGCUCACUUUGGUGACCAGCUCGCAGUCGUCUCGCGACAAGCUGCCUCGCAUCGGCUACAUUCACGCCUUGGACGUGUGGAUCGCCUUCUGCACCUGUUUCAUCUUUCUCUCCCUGCUUGAGUUUGCGUUAGUUUCUUACAUAUUUCGAUUCGCCGUCAAUGCUCGCACCACCGACUACAGCCUUCCGGAGGGCAGCCAGAUUCUGCAACUGGUGAACAAGUUGAAUCACAUCUCGCUGACAUUGCCUGUCAACGCUGAAGAGAGCGGCGCUGAUGUGAUGACAUCACGAAGUAUGCAUCAGCCUCAGCAGAAACGAGGAGAGAGGAAACAUGGGUCUCAGCAUCAACAGCAGCAGCAGCAGCAGUUUGCCAUAAGCGUACACCACCACUAUCAGCCAUCAUCGUCAGAGUCAUCCAGUGAUUCUGGCAAAGAAUCAUCCCCGAAGGCGACUCGCUUCCUUUGCUGUAUGAUGUGGUGCUCUGGAGCAAACUGCCAGGGAGAGGUGUUCGCCAACUCCAUCGACNAUCAACAGCAGCAGCAGCAGCAGUUUGCCAUAAGCGUACACCACCACUAUCAGCCAUCAUCGUCAGAGUCAUCCAGUGAUUCUGGCAAAGAAUCAUCCCCGAAGGCGACUCGCUUCCUCUGCUGUAUGAUGUGGUGCUCUGGAGCAAACUGCCAGGGAGAGGUGUUCGCCAACUCCAUCGAUCGCAAGUCUCGCUUCGUCUUUCCGCUGUUUUUCAUUCUCUUCAACGCAGUCUACUGGUACGCCUACACACACCUCCACCAGGACAUCACCACCAAGUACAAUGUAGUCGACCCGGAGCUAUAG